UUUCGGACCCUGGACCACAUACGGGUGGGGUGAUUCACGGUAAUUUGCCUAUGCUGAUUAGCACAUGUCAGUCUGAUCGGCCUAUACUGUAGUACUUGAUACCCGCAAGCAUAUCCCUAGUGAGUCGUGACCGGUUCAGGGAAGUUCCAGAUUGGGCCGUUUUGCUUGCUAUUGCUUGUGCGCCCUAUGAGUUUGUGGAUCGGGCCCAGAAGUUGGGAGUCCAAGAUCGCCAGGGACUGGUUCUAAUCUAGGAUCCAUUGCUGUUCACCCUAUCUCUCUUCUAUCGGAAGGCAGCAGUUUUUACGCGCCUCGUCUAUCCGAAAGGCACUUCAUCUAGGGAGAAGUAACUUGUUAGCACCGCGAGCUCCUAAUAUCAAGUUGCCUAUCGAUGGCUCCGAAAGAUCUGCCACUGCCGCGGGGCCCGUCCAGCUCAUCAUCGUACAGCUUUCUCGCCUUGAGCCCUAUCGAUGCAACAUUUACGGGAGAGGACUUGCACUCCCCAUUCGCCCGAUCGCUUAUAUAGCCACAUCCCCUCGAGAAACUGUGCACGGAUCUCCCGACCGUUGUGUGGGGGGUACCCAGCUGCGUAAGUCGAGAAAUCAAGGAGACUUCAGAUUGCAGUAGUAGACCAGUUGCGAGCCUGUCGGCUUACGAAGGGAGGUAGCCCAAGGCUGAUCUAAUGUUUUCCGGGGCAAAGCGCACGUCGUUGUCCCACCGCCUAAUAAGAUGCGAUCAGCGGGAAAGCCAUGGACAGGAUAACGCGCUAUGACGCGGCGGGGUAUUGUGACGUGACGGUCACAUCGCGGAGGACGCGUCUCCAGUCCUCCAACUUCAAUGCCUACUUACUACUUACGAAUUUCCCACUGAAAUGCCGGGCACUGAUCUUAAUUGGGCAUCUUUCUCGGCUUCUCUGCCAGGCUGAAUGGAAAGGGUUCUGACUGCUCACAAUGCGUGACAUGCCUCCUUCGCCAGCGUCAUCGUCAUACCUGCCUUUGUGGUCGCACGAGCUCCUGCUACAUUGCGCUCUAAAGAUUCAUUCAGGGCCCUUUUAUAUCCCCAAAUAUGCAACAAAGACACGUUCUCCUUCAUAAGCCGUGGCCCUCUGGCAGUCAUUCACCAUCCUUUCCUUGUUCCUCCGCCCUCUUCAUCCCAUGUCGCACCCGACCACGCUGCUGCAGGCCACCAGCCGUGUCAACUCCCAUGCCGAGCAGCCACUUGAGGGCUCUCCGAGCCUUGAGCAUCCCCUGCCGGCGAAACCUGACGUGCGGACUCACGGCGACCGGGAAUGGAAGCGCAAGCGCGUCGAUAGCCAGAAUGAUCCUCGCGGAGGUCAGUGGGAGGACGCUGGCCGUGCGGGGCACGGUCGGGGGAACAGGAGGGCGCUACCUUCUUUCAAGAAGAUCUCUGCUUGCACUCUUCCAUCAUCGGCGAACAUCAAGGAUUCGACUGCGUUCCAGACCGGUGAAGGGGGAGGAAGAGGGACGCUCUCGGCGGUGUCGAUGCCUCCCGUGAUGGCUGCUGGUCAGUCAGAAGUGGUACCCGGGGAUACUUUUGAGGACUUGCACGAUCUUGCUCUAAUCGCAACGAUUACCCAAUCACUGCCGGAUCCACGUCAUCUUACAGCUAGAUUGCAGAUAAUUGAACGGGAGCGAGACAAUUUGAUUGAUAGGACUGCCAGCUUGCAACUCGAGAUCUUGCUUCUUCGCAAGCGAGUCCAGAAACUCGAAUUCCAGCUUCCACGCACCGGAUCAGCGUCCGACGGCUCUGAACUGGAGUCAGAGGCGGAGCCGGAGUCGGAUCUCACCGAGAUUGAGGAUAGUGGAGGGUCGGAACCGGAGCCGUUCGCGCCUCCAGCGGCUGACUGGGAGGAAGCGGACGUAGUUCCAGAUGACGCGAACGAAAGCGAGGGCGAAGAGUCGGAGUACCAAGAUGAUAGCCAGAGCGACUAUGGGGAGACUUCCAGUCAGAAAUCUUCAUCGAUCAUCGAGAACGUCAGCUGGCUUCCUCCGAGAGUUACUCGGAAUCAGACCAGACAACGCCUGAAUCUCGGUAUCCCGGACUCGGAAUCUGAUUUCGAUGACGACGAAAACAAGGUUAGCCACAUUGCGAUUUGCGGACCUCGUACUCGGAGCCGCGUCAAAAACGCAAAAAACGCUAAGCCGCACCUGGGUAAGCGCCGCUCGCGCGUGGUAGUAGUGUCGGAUGACGAUGAAAGCGACGCUGGUGAUGUAUAGUGAGAUGAUGGGUGGUUCACGAACAUGCCUUUUUCGCCUACCGGACUUGUCCGUCGUGCUCAGAGAGAAAGGGAUGCAUAUUUAUCUAUCGCACUCAUUACAUUCUUAACGAUAAUCAUAUCCUUGGCUAAAAUUUUGAUGUUCCAUGACGAUUACUUAAUCCAUCUUUGUUCUCCCGUCCCCCACAAACAUUCACCCGAGUCCCUCGAAUUUCCUCAACCACGAUCCAUGGACGUAGACGACUACGAUGAACUCUCCGACCUCACCGAUUCGGACGAAUAUGAAGACGGACCGAAGCGUCGCAAGAGCGCGAAGGGGAAGGGCAAAGCAGCCGCAGCGGGCGGAUACCAGAUUCGGCACGCACUGAAGGCGCCUCGCGCGACGACUUACACGACUGAGGCUCUACACAAGCAGAUGCACGACUCGGACAUCGAGCUCGAACCCGAAUACCAGCGCGAGGUCGUCUGGCCCGCCGCGAAGCAAAUCAGCCUCAUCGACUCCAUCUUCCGCAACUUCUACAUCCCACCAAUCAUAUUCGCUGUGCAGCAGGACGACGAGGGUGCGGAGAAGCGGGUGUGCAUCGACGGGAAGCAGCGGCUGACUUCUAUACUGCUGUUCAUGGAUGGUAUGAUCCCACACAAAGACCCCCUGACAGGUGACAAGAUAUGGUACAUCGACAACCCCGCGUACAAGAUGAGGAUGGCCAAGAAGUUGCUGCCAGAGAGAUACAAAAAGAUGUUUCAGAACAAGGCGAUCGUGUGCGUCGAGUACACGGAUUUGACGCCUGAAGACGAGAGAGAGAUAUUCAAGCGCGUGCAACUGGGUGUUGCGCUUACACCAGCUGAAAAACUACGCGUACUGACCUCUCCGCGAGCCGACUUUCUUCGCGAAAUCCAGGAGAACUUCCUCAACAACGAAGACUCGAGUAUGUGCCGUGCGUCCUUCGAGUGGGACCGCAGUCGCGGUUCCGACUACCGCUGUCUGGCGCAGAUGUUCCACUGCAUCGCGGCGUCUCCCAAGGCCUCAAGCAUGCCGCAGAUGGAGAAGUGGCUUUCGCAGGAGGCUCCGCUAGCCAAGCCGUUCCGGGUGGACAUCGAAAACACAUUCAAGGUGUACGAGGCGUUGGUGAGACUCGGCGUGCUCAAUAAGGUGUCCCCCAUCGAGUUCAUCACGAUCGGCAUCCUCAUCUUCCGCACCAAAGACGCGCUGACGUUGGCCAAUCUGGGGGCCGCGGUCACCGCCAUGCGCGCAGAUGUGCGUUCGAAGCAUAGCGACAUCCGGAACAACAACGCGGUAUACGGGACUAUGCGCAAAUUUAUCGAGUCGUACCAGGGACCAGCACUGGGUCACGGGGAGCUGUCGGCCCAAGAUUCCGUGCUGCAGGGCGCGGGCAAGACAGCGCUGGGCUCCAAACGCAAAGCAGCCAGGCCACUCGAAAGCGAUGCCGAAGAGGCAGCGGAAGAUUCUGACGCCGACUACGUCCCCGCGCAAAAGCCCUCACCUCCGAAAAAGCGAGCGGCCAAGACGACGAAGUCACCGAUGACGCCGCCGAUGUCGAUGACCCCUCCGUCCGCCGUCGCGGCGCCGUCUGCCGUCGAUGUCAUACGGCAAGCGAAGGAGAAGAUCCGCGCGCAGGCAACUGCGGCUUCAGCUUCAGCUUCGGCUUCGGCUUCGGCUUCGGCUACAUCAGCGGCAACGGCCAAUACGAGCGCUAGCCACCCGCCACGACCGCCGCCGCCGUCCCUCGCGCUGCCGAGACGACCAGAUGGCGCACUCCCCCCCUCGUCGCAGCAGCAGAGUGCCAACACCGUCGCCGCGGCGCUGGAGGCGAACCUUAUGUCCGGCACCGGGCCGCGCAGGAUCAAGGUCGAGCCGGGGUCGAGCCACCCGCCUUGGACCCCCGCCAGCGGCAGAGAGCGGUGGGACAGGCCCGAGCAUGAGCACAAGUACACGGCCCUGUCGACGCCGCACGCGCCGUAUGCGCACGAUUCUGGCAGGGCUAGGCAGCAGCCGCCUCCAUCGAGCAGGGAUCGGGAGCAGGACCGGCGGUCCUAUGACAGUCGCGAUUACCGGGACCGCGAUCGCAAUUGGCGGUAGCUGCUGAUACAUAUUGGUUGUUCUAGUUUUUUAUCAUGUGCUCGCAGUUUUUGUGAAUUGCGGGUGUAAGAUAUGUAGUCGUUUAAUGAGUAGGUACGCUAGUGACUGAGUAUAUCACCGUACAUUUUUUGUUUGUUCAGACGAUGACUUUCGGACCGGAGAAACCCUCCUGCGCCAGAGCCUUUUAACUUUUCUGCAUCUCACCCGUCCAUCCAUCCUCCUCGACGACUUCAACCGCAUCCGGUCCCCCAUCAUCACACAUGGACACUAUGAGAAUCGCCAACGAAAACCUGGCCAGCAUCGCAACCGCGCUGGGCUGCACGAGCACGCCGACGGUCGUCCCGCUCGACAGAUUCCAAAACGCAAUCUGCAAGAAAUCGUAGCCAGCGGCCAAGCACGCGACCUCGACUGCGUCGCACGUCGUCUGCAAUUACCGUGUCCGACGCCACCGCUGGGUCAAACUGCAUAUGCGAGAACCAAUCAGCCGCUGGAUCAUGUCCGCUUUGUUGACCUAGGCGCAGUCCGCCAGGGGCAGCAGGUCCAUGAACACGGCAUAGAAAUCGGUGAUCAUGUCCCACGAAGUGCAUGGCAUGUUGAAAGGAGGUGCUGCUCGAACCGGGCAGCAUCCUGCGUGCAGAGGCGCUCCUGGUUGUUCUUUACACGACUGUAUCGGAUGUCGCCCUAUCGCGGAGCUGACACGAGCGGCUCGGGGUAGCAGCUGGUAGCGCGCAGAGGCGCAAUGAUCCGCCGCUGGUAGUCCGAGCGCAGGACGUCUGUCGCAAGCGCCCAGCUGCGUUGCGCCGUAGGAAAGAUCAUCUGGCCGGCGGAGUAAACGAGACACAUGAUAGCCGUCUGCUCGUGCGUCAGUCAUGCGAAUGGCGGGGCGUUGGGGCCGACUUGCCCGCCAGAGAAAUCUGGCGCAGCAGUCUGCGCUUCUCCUUGUUGUCCUCCCCAAAUUUUGCAGCUGGGUGCAGACGCGUAUCCUCCACUAGCCGCUCCGCAAAUAGCCGCGCUACGGCAACAUACAACGCCCAGUACUUGACGUCCGGGCCAGUUGGGUUACGACUCCCUCGUUGUUGGCGGCACCGAUUUCAUGCGGGUUCUAUUGACGCGAAGCUCCUGGCCUGUGUCCCGGUGCUCUGUAUCAGCCAGUUCGUACGGACGCCACUGUCGGGGGUAACUCCCGCUCAUCCACCGUCAUCAGCACCAGUGUGUUGAGCAGGUCCUUCCAGUAGCCAUACGAUUGUCGGAAUUCGCUCUUCUCUGCUUUGACGCGCACAGGCUUGACGAGAAGGCGGAAGUUCGAGACCUCGAGUGCCCAAUCCAUACCCGGUCAAGCAAGCCCGCCGUCUUCGCGAAGCCUACACGCUACGUGAGCUGUUAUAGCGCGUCCGGUGUCCCUUAUUCGGUGGAAAUAUAUGCGGGAGUGCCGUUCGCUGUGGUCCUGCAAUUGGAAUGGCCCCGCCGUCAUCGGAUCGCUGGGCGGCCGCGACGGAGAAGCGUCGGAAUCGGGCGGGUAGAGGUCAUCGAGGAUAUAGUCGUUGAAAAUUUCCUCGAUGUGGCGCAGAGCGGGGCUCUUGACUGACUUCGUGAAUGAGACUAGGGGGCGUUCCACAUGGCGAGCGAGGAGAGCGCAGGUGCGAGUGCGGCUGCUCGUAGAUAUGUACUGCCGAACACAUCUCUUGAUUUCGAGUGACUGAUGGACGCUGGCGGUUCCGCUGCGGCGCUGAAGAUAAGUACUGGUAAGUACUAAGAAGUACUUACAUAACGAGGGAGAUCGACUGGCUCUGGGAUCCAUCAUCCCGCCAACGCUUCCGAGUCGUUCACAGCCACCGCCCAUCAGAGGCGUGACAGAUGAUGUGACCAUUGACUGCUCAUCUCUGGGCUGGCCACUAUGUUUUCUCUUGAACUACAGUAUUUGAUCAUCGAUUCUCUCCAACUCGACAGCACGACAUACCCUGCGCUCAAUUUCCGCUCCGAACGGCUGCGCACGGCCGGUAUCCGACCCGAUGACCUCUCCUUCCGUCUCGUCUGCUCGAGCUGGCACGACCACACCUCGCAGGCUGUCCUCGGACUCUUCAAGGACAUAACUCUGCAGGACACCCGCCAUGCAGCACGCUUCUGCACUCUCGUGCGCACCAGUCCACGCGCGGGUAUCCGCGUGCAGAAUCUCACAGUCCGCGUGGACAAUCUCGAAGUCCGCGUGCAGAAUCUCGCAGGGAUCCACCCGUCCUUCAAUGAGGUGUUGAUGGAUCUACUGUCGGAGGACAUGCAAGAGCGGCUCCCGAACCUGCGCAAGAUCUCCUUCCGAAACCUGCAGUUCUCAGCCAUCCCGCGUGACAAGCGGCUGGGCACUUGGACUCAGGUAGCAGCGGUGUCCUUCAACGAGGAUUGUGUCUUCAAGACCGUGGAUGGCCUGUGGGACUGGGUUGCGCUCUUUGCGGGGUGCGGCUGUCUUUCCUUUGGCCAUAUUUGCCAGAAGAGACCGCCCUCAAGAAGAGUGGCAACUCCACUGGACCCUCCGCGCGUUCACCUGCAAUGUCUGCGCUUCUUUUCACUGAGCUCUAGGGUUUCGUGGAUCCCCGCAGCGUUAGCCUCCCCACAUCUCCGCGUUGAUCGGCUGGAACUGAUCAUCCGCGAAUUGUCCCAUUAUCUGCCCCUUCUACGCAUCCUCUCUCCAAAACUCCAAGAUCUGGAUCUUUUCCGUAUGGUCCCUCACGAAACCCCUCUAGAACUGGGGGAUGGCUGCUGCACCGAGCUGCAUACGUUCACCCUCGCUCGUGUGAUCCCUAUCUCGGAGGAGAUGCCUCUCGCGCUGUCCGACAUUCGAGCGAUCCUUCGCGCAUCACCCAACCUAUCCCGCAUCCGAUUUACCUUUUGUGAGCCCAUCAGCCACCCCACAUUGUCACAGACGGCAUGGGCCUGGAGCAUUCUGGAUACUGUCCUCGCUGGAACGGUCUACAAUGUUUGCAUCAGAUUUCUUUCCCCCUUCAGAUCCCCAGGAGAUCUGCGACAGCUGGAAUGCGAGAGUGCCCUGAAAGCGUACAUGCCUCGGCUUACCGAUCUCGGUGCUCUCCAAUUUGAGUACGAGUAGGAUGGGGCUCUUCUCUGUUGUUGUUUGCUCCACGAGUUGAUUGCACAUGAUAUACUCAGAUGGACCCAAAUCUCCACACAUAGAUAUUCGACUAUAUAGUUAUGUGACCUCUCUUGCGAAUCUUGACACUACGAUGACCAGGUUCCAAUGAGCUCAUGAGCGUGAGGGCCAGCAUGUCUGUCGGUGUCAAGUCUCGGCCGCAACAAAACAGAUCACAA